GGCAAAAAAAGCCUGCAGGGAUUUGUGAAGGUCUCAUCUCGGACUGGAAUACUCUUGCCUGACCAUGGACCGCAGGAAAAAGCCUUUGGAUGUCACGGCCUCCUCGUUGGUAGACCUUAAGGCCGAACUCUUUCGAAAACAAGAAGAAUUCAAACAAGAAAAACUUCUGAAAGAUUCUGGAGUUUUGGGAAAACCAAAAACAACUAAUAAGAAACCAAGUAUCUGGAACAAACAAAAUGCAGGAGUUUCAAAUCGAGCUGAGAAGGAUGCAGAACAGAAGAUAGAGGAACAGAAGACGUUAGACAAAGCCAGGGAGAAAUUGGAAGAAAAAGCUAAAUUAUAUGAAAAAAUGACUAAAGGAGACUUUAUAGAUGAAGAAGUGGAGGAUAUGUACCUUGUGGAUUUCACACAGAAGAUCAUAGACAAACGCAAAGAAAUGGAGGUGCUUGGUGCCAACAGAGGUUCUAGAAAGGCAGGAGAAAGAGAAGAUGAUGACGAAAAUCUUUCUGAAAAAGAUAUACCUCCUCCCCAGGACCCCAGUGAAGAAUGGGUGGAUUAUGUGGAUUCUUUGGGGCGAUCCCGGCGCUGCAUGAAAAAGGAUUUGCCACAUCUGCUGGAGAUGGAUAAAAAUCUUCAGGGGAGGCUUUUUGUUAGUCCUGCUAAUGAAAAAACCUUAUUAUCUGAAGAUAUGAGAAAAGAACUUCAGCGCCAGCAAUGGGAGGAAGAAGAACGGGAGGCUCUGAAAAGGCCGAUGGGGCCCAUACAUUAUGAAGAUAUUCGAGAAAAUGAGGCCCGGCAACUUGGCGUCGGAUAUUUUGCAUUUGCCCGAGAUAAAGAGUUAAGAAAUAAGCAGAUGAAAACUUUAGAGAUGCUGCGUGAACAGACAACAGACCAGAGAACAAAACGAGAAAACAUAAAAGAAAAGCGAAAAGCUAUGUUAGAAGCAAGACUUGCUAAACUCCGACAAAAAAAGAUGAAAAAAUCAAAAGAUGAUGGAACAGAGGAAGAAAAUAAAGAUGGAGAUGUUAUUGGACCCUUACCACCAGAACCAGAGGCUGUGCCAACUCCACACAUUGCUGCCCAGAGCAGCAAAGUAGAAGUCAUCGUUCAGGAGAGGAAGGAUACCAGGCCCGGAGUGCCGCAUGUCCGGGAGUGGGACCGAGGAAAAGACUUUUCCUUCGGGUACUGGUCGAAGAGGCAGUCAGAUCUCCGGGCUGAAAGAGAUCCUGAGUUUGCCCCACCAUCGGAUUACUUCGUGGGUCAGAGGAGAACUGGUCAGUUCAGUAGCCAGACGUGGAGCAGACCUGCACCUGCACAGAGUGACAAAGAGCAGCACCCUGGCCAGGGCCCCGGCCCCAGCUGUUCAAAUACAUCAUCCUUUCCUGCCCCCAGCAGCCCACCGCCAGCCCCCACGGUCACAUUUGAAACUCUGGAUGAUAUGAUAUCAUAUUAUAAACAAGUGACAUGAACUUAAAAAACAUUCUGACCCUGGUCCAUACUGCUGAUGGUAUCUUCCUCCCCUAGACUGGAGAAAAUUAUUUACCUUUAGGGAGUGAAUUGUAACUUUCUUUUCCUGUCCUUUCCAUAGAAGAUACAGUUUGGAUUUGUCAGCAAGGAAGAAAAUGAAUGAUACCAUAGGAAAUCUGGAGCCAAUUGGCUGUUCGUUUCUUUCUAAUUGGUAUGGAG